GCGCCGCGCGGCAACUCCGCUAAUACUCCGACUGCGACUCUCGUCGCGAACGCAUCUAGAUUCUCAGUCACGUGACCUACUGAUAUAUUUUCUCGUCGAAACGUAAACAGCAACAAGAACAAGAUGGCGAGCACCACGGGGCUACCGUCCGGAGCAGCGAAAAAGCCCAGGAGCAAGCCGAGCCACCCGCGCACCUCCGACAUGGUCGACGCUGCCAUCAAGUCGCUUAAGGAACGCGGCGGCAGCUCGCUUCAGGCCAUCAAGAAGUACAUCGCCGCCACGUACAAGCUCGACGCCGAGAAGCUCUCGCCCUUCAUCAAGAAGUACCUCAAGUCCGGCGUCGUCGCCAAGAAGCUCGUCCAGACCAAGGGCAAGGGCGCCGCCGGAAGCUUCAAGCUCUCCGUCGGCUCCGCGGCCGGUGAGAAGAAGGCCAGCGUCGCAAGCUCUGCCGGCAAGAGGAAGAAGAGCCCGACCAAGAAGAAGCCCGCGACAGCUGCUGUGAAGAAAGCCGCGAAGAAGAGCCCGAUCAAGCCGAAGAAGAGCUUGCCCGCCAAGCCGCCCAAGCCCAAGCUGAGCAAGAGAGCCGCCGGCAGGAAACCCGCCGCCAAGAAAUAAGACGACUUUGAACAACCUUUUCUCAUUAUACGCGAUAUUUAACAUACGUAAACGGCCCUUUUAAGGGCCACCAAUACGCUCUCGCAGCGGGGAACGAUUAUAUUCUAUUAUCUAUUUGUAUGCGCGAUUAUAAGCUUUCUUUUCUAUAUAUAAUAUAUUUACGUCAUUGUUAUCACGCACACUAUAGCUCUCAUGAUCAUUUAUGUGUAUACGUGUGUUAACAUCGAUGUAUAGUCUAUCAUGCGCCGAUACGCUCUGUGCGCGGAAAAUCUAUAUGCAAAACCUUGCUCCUGGUAUAUAAUGUAGCCUGUGCAACUUCCUUUCAUCAGUAUUUAUCAUUUCUCUGAGUACAAAUUAAACGAUAACGUUACGAUAUUAUGAUAAUGUAUAAGCUUUUGUUACAUACCAAAAAGCAUAUAUAUAUAUAUAUGUGUGUGUGUAUAUUUAUUUUUUAAUAAAAGAAAAAAACAAAAUAAACAGUACCGGAUGCGCGAAAUUCGCGUACAUCCGGCGACAAAAAAUGAUACACCUAAA